UCCUUGUCUAACCCAUCUGUGUGCUGCAGAGGGAGGGGUUUGCAAAAUAGUUAUUUAACAUUUAUUACUAUGACUACUAUGCUAAUUUAAUGCUCUGUGUUUUGCAGAAGUGCAUUCUAAAAUGAGACCCGUAUUCAUUUUGGGAUAUAUAUUAGGUACUACUCUUGCCAUACCGAUUACAAGAGAUGAUAGAAGUGAAAGUAGAGGUGUCAAAACAGGUAACAGGAUGGAAGAGUUGAGACAUUUACAGGAUUCGAAUGAUGCCCAUCUAAUAAGAAAUGGAUCAAAUCAAAAUCAACAGUUUCACAGGGAAGAAAUGAGUCAACAUAACUCAAAGGGAUUUUAUCUAGAGUUCUCAGUAACUAAAGGCAAACAACCAGCGACUAACCCAAGAGCAAACAUUCAUAUAUAUAGCAACACCACAUCACAUAAUGAGGACAAGUUUGUUGGCAAGCCUCAGUCUCACAAACUUCAGAAAAAUAAGACGAAUAAAAAAAAAGUGGUCAAAACUUUUGAAAGUGGUUGGUUUAAAAAUAUAUCCUGUGACCAAAUGAAUGAUGGUCACUUAGACAAAGCCUGCAGAAAGAUAAUAUUGCAUAAAAGGAGUAUUGGCUACCAAACAACUCAAGGCAACACAUACCCAUCUUCAGAUUCAGAUGCAAACACUCAGAACACUAGGAAUGUAGACAAUCCCUUUGAUCCAAGUGAAUUUAAUGAUCCAAAUAAUUUACAAGACUUUCCUUAUGACUAUUACACAACUGACACAGAUACCAAAGCUCUUUCAAGUGAAUUUAGUGAUUCAUCUGACUCUAAUGAAUCAAACCUUCCCAGUGGUUCAAAACAAGAUGGUAAACAUGGUGCAUUUAACAGAUCUGGCAUUUCUAGCAGUGUCAGUGCAUCAAGUGAGUCUAGUGACUCCAGUGAGUCAAGACAAUCUGGAAGCAACAGUGGCUCAAAAGAAGCUAAACUGAGCAAGAACUCUAAUGAACUAAGUGCAUCAAAUGACUCAAGUGAGCAAGACACUCUAGGCAGCAUAGCUACUAAUUCUACCACUAACAUGAAUGUAUCUGCUAGCGCAAGUGAAUCGGAUAGCUCUGAUGAUAUUACUGACAUGAGAAGUUCAAGUGUCAGUUAUUCAAGGGAAUCCAGUUCUUUGAGUCAGUCAAAUGAAUCAGAUGCCAGCACUGACUUUACUGAUUACAAAAACCCAACAAAAAUGAGUGACCACAAUGAGGAAGAAACCAUACCUAGUGUGAACUGACCAAUUAUCCAAAUAACAAGAAGAAUAUGAUUUAUUUAGAGUAAAGUAACACCUUACCUUAACAUACGGUAUUAGGCUAAAUGUUAUCAGCAUAAGAUAAUUGUAUAAAAUACUAUACUGUUUUUCUUUUAACUUGCUUUAAACUCACUGGUUUAGUACAUAGCUACAAAAAAAGGAGUAAAUGAUGAUUAUUCAAUAGUUGAUCAAUGGAAACUAUCUGUAAAACUAAUAAAUGUUUACAGAAAUAAAUUUA